UCCCCGCGUGCUGAAUAACCUGGAGUGCUGGUUCUCCUUUAAAUCUCCUCCGCGCGCGCGGGUACUCCAUCCCCACCUCCACGACCACCGCGCGCAGCCGCGUCUUCAUGUUGUGGUCCGGAGUACGCAUGCGCCCGGCAUUGGAAUUACUGCACUGGGAAGAAUAAAUUGGACCUCGUCCGUGAAGAAAAAAAGAAAUACACCUCAGAUCAUGAGCACGGCGGGGCUCGGAACCGGAGGGAUGAGGGGUUUGUGCGCGUGCUUCUUCUUCCCCCUCGCGGUGACGGUGCUGUGCGCCCGGAGCGCCGGCGCCGGUGACCCGAGCAACAUGUCCCUGGUGAAGGAGACGGUGGACCGGCUGCUGAAGGGAUACGAUAUUCGGCUGAGGCCAGAUUUCGGAGGAGCUCCGGUCGGGGUGGGGAUGAACAUCGACAUCGCCAGCAUCGACACGGUGUCGGAGGUCAACAUGGACUACACACUGACGAUGUACUUCCAGCAGGCCUGGCGGGACAAGCGUCUGUCCUACUCCGAGAUCCCCCUGAACCUGACCUUGGAUAACCGGGUGGCCGACCAGCUCUGGGUGCCCGACACGUACUUCCUGAACGACAAGAAGUCGUUUGUCCACGGCGUCACGGUGAAGAACCGGAUGAUCCGGCUGCACCCGGACGGCUCCGUGCUGUACAGCCUCAGGAUCACGACCACCGCGGCGUGCAUGAUGGACCUGAGGCGCUACCCACUGGACGAGCAGAACUGCACCCUGGAGAUCGAGAGCUACGGCUACACGACCGACGACAUCGAGUUCCACUGGCGAGGAGGAAACAACGCGGUGACGGGCGUGGACAAGAUCGAGCUGCCGCAGUUCUCCAUCGUGGGCCACAACCUCAUCUCCAAGAACGUCGUCUUCUCCACAGGCUCGUACCCUCGUCUGUCCCUGAGCUUCAAGCUGAAGAGGAACAUCGGAUACUUCAUCCUGCAGACCUACAUGCCUUCCAUCCUCAUCACCAUCCUCUCCUGGGUCUCCUUCUGGAUCAACUACGACGCCUCCGCCGCCCGAGUGGCUCUGGGCAUCACCACGGUGCUCACCAUGACCACCAUUAACACCCACCUGAGAGAAACGCUCCCCAAGAUCCCCUACGUCAAGGCCAUCGACAUGUACCUCAUGGGCUGCUUCGUCUUCGUCUUCCUCGCCCUGCUGGAGUACGCGCUGGUCAACUACAUCUUCUUUGGGCGAGGACCUCAGCGUCAGAAACGAGCAGCUGAGAAGCUAACGCUGGCCAACAAUGAGAAGAUGAGGAUGGACCCCAACAAGUGGCUGGUGGGCAGCGUCGUGGGCCGAGACGACACUCUGUACGCCCGGAUGAAGCAGAGGGACCUCGAUGGUCACGACCCGCUGUGGGAACCCAUCUUUGUGGACGACGGAGCCAUUGGACUCGGAGAACACAAGAACAAGAUGGACACGCAUGAAAACAUCCUUCUGGGCACCUUGGACAUCAAGAACGACAUGGGCGUGUCGGAGCUGGCUCUGGGCCUCAACGACCCGCGGAACACCAUGCUGACGUACGACAGCUCCACGCUGCAGUACCGCAAGGCGGGCCUGGCCCGGCACAACUUUGGGCGCAACACGCUGGAGUGUCACAUGACCCAGAAGAAGAGCCGUCUACGGAGGCGCGCGUCGCAGCUGAAGAUCAACAUCCCCGACUUGACUGACGUGAACUCCAUUGACAAAUGGUCGCGGGUCAUCUUCCCAGCCGUCUUCUCCCUCUUCAACGUCAUCUACUGGCUUUACUACGUCAACUAAAAGAAACUCAGAGGGUGAGAACACGCGGCGACUCGCGUUCGUUUGAACCCGGUUUGUUUCAUUUCUUCGUGAUCUUGUAAAACUGGACUUUAUAUGACCGGGACUGGAACAUCACAUCCCGGAACACCUCGCGACGACCUUAUAAAACGGAGAUUACGAACAUAUAAGGUGCCUGAUCCGAACGGUUUCAAUUGUACAUAUUCUGUACAUUGUGUAUCUCGCCAUUUUUUUUAUGUUUGUUUGCAUAUUUGUUAUGUUUUUAUUUAUGUUAGAUCGACAGCACACACAUUCCUUUGCUAAAAUAUAUCCGUUAAAAACCGAUCAGUGACAACCAAGGAUAAUUUUACGAUUAAUGACGAUUAAAAUAGUGUUAAAGCGAGUUUCAGGUCCGCAGCGUUUUCUAAGGUGAAUUAUGUCAAACACACAAGAUGUAUUGUUGAUUUCAUACUUAUAACAAAAGGGCCUGAACUUCACUAUUUACAAUAUCAUGUAUACUACGGAAGUAAUGUAUCAAUCUUUUUCUACUUUAUUACACUGGGAGCACGAACUGGUUUAUUUCUGAGCAUCUUCUCGCUUCAUGAACCACUUUAAUACAGAAGCGUUAUGUCAUAUCGACAAAGAGCAUUCCAAAAAUUCCAGGUUUUAACUCAGAUUGCACUAAGAAAGAAAAUAUGAAAUAUUUGUCUUUUCUUUUUGUUGCCAAAUUGGCUUUUACUUCUAUAUUAGUAUGAUUAUUAUUGAUGUUCUACCCCAAAACAUAAUUACACGGUAUGAAUGUAUUUUGGGGACAUCUGAAUCUGAAGAAAGUAUUUUAAUCUUUAGAUGUAUAUAAAUAUAUAUAUACACACAUGUAUAGCUUGUAUUAUAGGGAUAUGACCUCCAGCCCAUCCGCUCUCUCGACUCAUGUCCUGGACAUUCAGAAGAAACUCAUCAAAACUGCUGACAAAGGCACUUUAUUAUCUAUUCUUUGAAGGUUCCAGAAGAACACGGAUACUUUAAAGUAUCUGUGGGUCAACAGAAAUAAAAAGCACAAACAAGCCUUCAGACUUCAGCCUUUGACGCCAUUAUUUUCAUAGAUUUUUCACGCAGAUGAUUUUUUUCCCCUUUGGUUGCCUCUGAGUUUAAACAUUACAUCUGCCUAACAAGCCAAAUUAAUACAACCAUAAUCAGUCUGCAACCUCUGAGUCGUCCAUUGUUUCCAGAUUUAAAAAAUAAAGGACGGGGCCGUGAAUGCCAAACAACACGCAACACGUAAUUACGACGUGUUUACAAAACGAGCUUUGAAAAUACGACGUGGAGUUUAUUAUAAAAGAUUUUGCACACAAGUUCUUGAAGCCAUGGAGGCUGCAUGUCGUUGUUCUACUACCUGGUGCUUAUGGGGAAGGGACCAUAUAUGGUAAUGUCCUUCUUUACCACAAUUGGCAAGAAACCAAAUAUGGUAAAUUCCUUCUUUACCACACACGGGCAAGGAACCAAAUAUGGUGAAUUCCUUCUUUACCACAAACGGACCAGGAACCAAAUAUGGUAACUUACUUCUUUACCACAACGGGUAAGGAACCAUAUAUGGUACCUUAUAUACUAGUAGGAUUACAGUCACAACAAGGUUAACAUGUGACAUACACUGAGGGUUGUUAUCCCUGUAGAUGUGGACUAACUCCAAAUACCAUGAACCACCAGGACCUGCAGCCUGUUUGAUUCUUUAGAGUUCACUAACAACGGAGAUCAAAGGUUCAUUUAUCUCGGUUCCAUUCUUUGUGAUUGAGACGUUGUGUGUGAACACAUAUUUUAUUUAUUUCCUUUAACAUGUAGCCACAUACAGUGACGUCUCGCUGCAUGACCUGUACAGUAGUAACGCUUUAUGAUAUUUAUGUUUCUCCUCUCUUAUUGAAUUAUUUUUACUUUAUUUGUGUUUAAUUCACUAAUUUCACCUGAUUUCAAUUCAAUGUUUGAACAUAAGUCUGUAAUUACAAUGUAUUAAAAGUAUAUCGGAUUGGUAUUUCAAAUAUUAAUGAUGUUAUUAAGAGUAUUUCCAUCUUUCUAAAGGAGCCUUUACGAUGGUCAUUUCCGCGACUGAAAUGUAAACGUUGAACGUUGUGCAAUCGCCUCCCAGUGUUUAGACUCAUCCAAUGAAACAUCUUCACGUCGUCAAUUAUAUUGUUAUGUUUAGUUUUGGGAGAUUUUGUUAUGUUUCUGGUGAUUAUGUGACACGACAUGUCUUCUCAUCUUGUUUGCUUAUUCUUUAAGAAUAAAAAUGAUAAAACUUACACAAAACAAAUGGGAUCAGAUAGAGUUUGACAUCUACUGAAACUGA